AUCAAGAUUGGAAGUCUGCUAGGAAGCAAUGCUCCUCAGUUCAGCAUAUAUUACAGCCCAUGGAUGUCAAGGUGCAGCUAUCUAGAGCCAUAGUGGAGAAAGAUACCAGAAUCCCGAAGUUUAAAGUCUCUGGUGAACUCCCUUUACUCCAUGUCAGAAUGUCAGAUCAAAAAAUCAAAAGUGUUUUUGAGAUCGCUGAUAGCAUUCCCUUACCUCUGAGCUCAUCCUCCAGAUCUCCCAUGAAAGCCAAGAUAUCAUUGGCUGCAAAACCAAGGAAGUUGUUUGACCCUCAUCUGGUAGCUGUUGGUUCUGCAGCAUCAUUGGAAGGAGAUGAUUCAA